AGGCAGAGGCGCGGAGCGGAGCGAGCGCGCUCGCCGGCACCAAGCUGGGCGGGGAGACGGCCGACAUGGUGGAGUCCGGGGAUGGGGCAGAGGAGGAGGCGGAGGGCGAGAGAGCAGAGAUGCUGGGCGCCGCGGAGCCCGCCCUGCCGCACAACGGGCUGCUCCCCGGCAAGGAGGCGGCCAACGGCGGAGGAUGCGCGGCGCAGAGCGGCGGGCGGGCGGCGGAGGCCGAGGCCAUGCUGCGGGCGGGCGGCGGGCGGGCGGAGACGCGCCUCUCCCGGCGGCGGCUGGCGGUGCUCGCCGUGUUCAGCUGCUACUCGCUGGUCAACGCCUUCCAGUGGAUCCAGUACAGCAUCCUCAGCAACGUCUUCAUGCGCUUCUACCGCGUCUCCUUCGCGCACAUAGACUGGCUCUCCAUGGUCUACAUGGUGGCCUACGUGCCGCUGAUCCUGCCCGCCACCUGGCUGCUGGACGCGCGGGGGCUGCGCCUCACGGCGCUCCUGGGCGCCGGCCUCAACGCGCUCGGCGCCUGGCUCAAGUGCGCCAGCAUGGCGCCGGGCCGCUACGCCGUCACCGUGGCGGCGCAGGGCGUGUGCGCCGUGGCGCAGGUCUUCAUCCUGGGGCUGCCCUCGCGCGUCGCCGCCGUCUGGUUCGGGCCCGCCGAGGUGUCCACGGCCUGCGCCGUGGCCGUGCUCGGCAACCAGCUUGGCACUGCAAUUGGCUUUUUGUUACCACCUGUUCUGGUUCCAAAUACACCUGAUGAUACUGAUCUAACGGCACAUAAUAUAAGCAUCAUGUUCUAUGGAACAGCAAUAGUAUCCACACUUCUGUUCUUCUUAACAGGAGUUGUGUUUGAAGAAAAGCCCAAAUACCCUCCUAGUCAUUCUCAAGCAGUCCUUCAAGCUAUGCCUCCUGAGGAUUAUUCUUAUAAGCAGUCAAUUAUUAACUUAUUCAAAAAUAUUCCAUUUGUACUUCUGCUGAUCAGUUAUGGUAUUAUGACUGGGGCAUUUUAUUCUGUCUCCACUUUAUUAAACCAGAUGAUAGUAACUUAUUAUGAGGGAGAAGAAGUGAACGCUGGGAGAAUUGGCUUGACACUGGUGGUGGCAGGAAUGGUGGGUUCGAUUAUUUGUGGUUUGUGGCUGGAUUACACUAAAACAUACAAGCAAACUACUUUGAUUGUUUACAUUCUCUCUUUUAUUGGGAUGGUGGUAUUUACUUUCACCCUGGAUCUUGGAUACCUUAUAGUAGUGUUUGUGACUGGAGGAGUACUUGGGUUUUUCAUGACUGGCUAUCUCCCUCUUGGGUUUGAAUUUGCUGUGGAAAUAACAUACCCAGAGUCUGAAGGCACUUCAUCAGGGCUCCUUAAUGCAUCAGCACAGAUAUUUGGAAUUAUCUUUACCCUUGUUCAAGGAAAGCUCACAACAGUGUACAGUCCUCGUGCAGGAAACCUCUUCCUUUGUGCUUGGAUGUUUGUGGGCAUUAUCUUAACAGCCUUAAUAAAAUCAGAUUUGCGAAGACACAAUGUGAAUUCAGGGAUUAUGAAUGUGGACGUUAAAGCUGUGCCAGUUGACAGUCCUGUAGAACAUGAAACUUGUACUGCAUUAAAAAUUCAGUCAGCUUUGUGAGGCUGAAAGAAGGUGACUUAGAAACGCACAAUUUUGGCUGAACACUGAACAAUACUAAUUAGUGUAAUCACUGAAUUUGUAUGUAUAUGAGUAUUAAGAUGUGUUUGUGAGAUACUGAUGAUAUUUGUGCCGUGGAAACUGUGAAGAUGCCCAGUUCAUAUUGAAUGAGACAAAUGAUUUACCUUCAUAUGGAAUGUUCAUCCUAGCAGUUUCCAAGUUUUGUAGUUUCACAAGUAAAGAACUGUAUGAAUGCUUUCUACUCCUGGGAGAAACCUACAUUCAGGGUGCACAUGGAAGAAUCUGGAAUCCUAAAGUACAAUCAUAUCAGAAAUACUUAAUCUGUUUUUCUUUUCCAAGAAAUUAAGAAUUAGUUAAUUUCUUAUUCAGAUUUUCCUAGUGCAAUUGAAAAGUCAGAGAGUAGGUAGCUGCACAACUGGAGGGUAUUAAUACUUCUGUUUUUUAAUUUUUUUACUGUAUCUAAUGUAAAAUAACUGUUCAUUCUGGGAAACUUUGUUUAUAGCACAAUACUGAAAAUAAGAGAUGACUACAAUCAUGAAUAUUUCAUACUGGCAUCUGACAUUUCUUUUGCCUUGAAACUUCUUGAUAGAUACCAGAACAUGUAUAAAAGAGAACACUGUCUUAUAGAUUCAUCACAACAUUUUGGGGGACACCUAAAAAGUUUCCUGCUAGACAAACUGAAGAAUUUCUUACCAAAAGAAGGAAUAAGACCUUUGAUAACUCUACUAUGAAGUGUUUAUAGGCAAUGGAAAGCUACCACUCAGAUUGCCUCUACAGAAUAUUUUGAGUGCUUUCUCAGUUUAAGUGAGAGGAGUAUGUGUUUACAAAGAGAUGGUGCCUUUACUUUGUAAAGAAGAUCUUUGUCUCAUCUUAAGUUUAAUUAGUGCUGCUGAAGAAUUUCCUUUUUGCAUGUUUAAACUCCUCUGAGUAUUUGUGGAGUAUCAGAAAAUGUGCUCUAUCUGUUUUGCAUUUAUUUGUCUGCAUCAUGAAUUGUAUCAUCUAUGUCUUGUGAAAUUUUUGUGCUCAUCAGGUAACUUAGAAGUAAAUCAUGUCCUGUCUGUCACAGUUUGUUUAAAGCUGUAAGAUGACUGAAAAGAAAACAGUGGUGCUUCACUUUGAUGAAAUAUUGUUUUUAUAUCAUGCACCUCAGCUACAAAAGGAGUAGACUUCAUUAACAUUCACUUAGUAUUAUUACAUUUAUCUGAAACUGGGAUGUGGGUUUCAUGCAGCAGUACUUCUGAAAAGUUACUUCUGAAAAUGUUGUGCUCUGUCUACACAAUUACAGAAUUGAUAGUAAUACCAGGGCCUCAGCAUUAUUGUAUUGCUGAGAAGUCAAACUUGAGUUAGCUGACUUUCUGCAAACAUUUCUUUGCAAAAAGAAAGAAGGAAAGAAAGUUCCAACAACAUUUGUGAAGCUGCCCUUUAACUAUGGGUGGCUUUGCCUUUGGAGAAACUGUAAUAAUGUGUGCCAAUUUAUAUCUUUCUUCUCUGAGGAGAUCUAGUAAAUCAGUUAUUGUGUUCCUGGCCCAUGGUUGCUAUGUAUUUCCAUGAGUACAAGCCUUUAGCACGACUUUAUUUAGCUUUGCAGUUUUGGAGAAGUGUUUCCUAAAUGUCCAGUGGAAAGUCUUUGACAAUAUUCUACUGCUCUCUAAAUGUCUGGUACACACUGUUCAACUUCUAAGACUGAUUCUCUCCCCCCCCCCAAAAAAAAAAAAUUAAAAUUCCUCUCCCCACUACUGGUUUCCAGUUUCUUUGUUGUUUAUAAGAAGUUGACUCCUUCCUUCUGGUGUUCAGUUCAUUACUGAAAAAUGCUCUAUUCCUGCUGCCUCCUUGUGUUUUAUGUUCUGCCAAAUUACUUGGCUCCCCUCUGGAAAAGAUCUAAGCAAGGUUUUUGGCAUUCUAGAAGGCCUGCUGGGCCCCUGAAAAGAAAAUAUUCCUAAUAAUGAAGGCUUAAUUACAUCCUGGAUUUAAUAUCCCCCCAAAGGAGUUUGAAAGCUUGAAACCUGUGAGCAUAUGUUUUUCUGAAAGCUAUUUCCGAGCAAGGAUAAAGUAUAUAAAUACAAGGCCCAAUAACAAAAUAAAGAACAAACCAUUUUUAUUUAGGAUUCCUAACAUGUUCUUAAAAUGCUUGUUUCUGUUGGCUAGGUUUGAAAAUUUUAGGCCUGAUAGCAUAGUCUGGAAUUUUUGUAAAUGGAAGUUUUCUUCAAGUUCUUCAUAGCAUUUAUUUUGUAGCUCCUUUAUAGCAUCUCUUAUACUGCUGAAUGGUUGUGUUUUGAGAGAAGGCAAGAAUUGGGAAGAAUAAAUAACAAAAAAUUUCAGGAUAAUAGAGCUUUCUUAAUUACAUCCUCUUGGUCAUGUUUUGUGCCCGGGACACUCUGCUGUCUCUGAAACUGUCACUGGAAUGUGUAAUCAGAGCAGCAAGCCAGUGUUGCCUAAUGAAAAUUUGUUUUUUGAAAAAUCUUUGAGAAUCUUUGGACUAACUUGCACAUUUACAACCAAAUGAAAUUGUUCAAGCUAUAAGUAUUUAUUACUUUAGUUUUCCAUUCUGUGAAUUUGUGAGAUUUCCAGCAUGAAUGGGAAUUUGUGACCCUUUUCAGUUGCUGUCUUUUUCAAUACCUGUAUGUACCACCUUCCUAAGCAUUAUAUACUACUAAUGGUUGAUUCGUAGACCACAAGCUAAAUGGUAUCAUUUUAUCCCAUGUGACUUCCCCACCACCACUAUGUGGUCUGAAGUCUGCUAAGAGAAGUGAGAUUAAUGAAUGAAAUAGGAUGAACUGAACAAAAAUUUUUCUGAGAAGUGUAUUUAUUUCUAAGACCCAUGUUAUUUACUGCUCAUAUAUUUGUUCUCUUCAUGAAGACAGCAGAGAUCUUUGCUGUAAUUUUUGUUAGUGUCUCAUUCAUUGUUUUGAAAGAAAGUUUUAGAAUUCGUAUAAGUAUUCUCUCCAUGCAAUAUUGUACUUACGUGUUUAUGUGGGGGAAUCAUUCCUUAUUAUUAUAUGUUCCUAGUGUUGUGUAUAAAAUGUAACUUGACUGAAGACAAAAUUACCAUUUCUGAUAGCUGCUGAUACAGCUGAUGGUCUGAAAACAAUCCAUCUUUUUUUCUCAAAAGUUGUCAUUUAUUGUAGGGAAUUUUUUUAUGUGGAUUAUGUACUGUGUCAUUAAUAAACAUGCAUGCAUA